AUGAAAUUUUUUAUUGUUUUCUUGUGUUUUGCUACAGUAACCGCCCUGUACGACCAUGGGCCAGCUGAACGCUUCUGGGACCUACUGAAAGGACUACAAGGUGAGAAGCUACAACAAGUCAAGGAAAUAGUCUACGAUCCUGACCUCACUAAACGACAGACACUCGAAAUGAUGGAUGAUUGGGUCGAGAAUCAGUCACCACAGAUUCAGGUAGGGUAAAAUACGACAUAUUCCGAUUAAUAGUAAAUUUGAAAAUUUUAAAUUUUUUUAAGGUCUAAGACAAGUAAACACUAUUAUCUACAAUAUUUAUUAAAGUAAUACUAAUAAAGCCAAGUACUUUUCAUUUUACAAGCAUUUUAUAUUGACAUAGACAACAAAAUUCUGAUAUUGAGGUAGAGGUCCGGAAAUGAGUUAGUAGUCCAUAUUAAUGUCGGUGGAUCUAAACAAUUUUUGGAGUAAUGAAAGACAAAAUGAUAAGCUAUAUUUACUGCAAUUUUGAUUCACUUUAACUUAAAACGGCAAAAGUUAUGGCAAUCACAAAUAACUUCAGCCAAAAAAUUACUAUUUUUAGUAAUUUUCAACUUUUUUUGAUGAUUUUGACACAAAAAGUGAUAAAAAAGUAAAAUACAGAUAUCAAAGAUAAUAUUGAUACAUCAAAAAAUCUUUUCUACUUUAUAUUAAUAUAAGUUUUGCCAAAAUGACCCCAUUAAAAGACGCAAAAAACAAUUUCCGACCAGCCGGAUUCGAACCAGCGACCUAAGGAUUACCGCUUGAACUACAGUCCUCCGCUCUACCAACUGAGCUAUGGUCGGCCCGUUCGUUCCCGCUUACGAAUGGGAUCAAAUUGCUUCGCAAACCUAUAUUAAUAUUGUUUCUUAUCAAAAUUAAGGUUUUAAAAUGAAUUUUGAUUAAAAAUAUAAUCAAAAAUGAAUUUCAAAGUAGAUUUUGGCAUAAAAAUCAAGUUUAUGUUUUAGGCCCUUUACAAACAAUCAAUGGACAACUUUGAACAAAGAGAUCACGCCAGAAACGCUCAGCUGGAUAGAAAAGCUGAACAUUUAAGUGUUGCUGGACGAGAACUUGAAGCUGAGAUCAGGGUAUGUCAAACUUUUCCAAAAAUUUUGAAAAAACUUUUAAAUUCAAAAAAAUCGCCAAAAAACCAUGCAAAAUAGCUGUUUUUAAGCCUAAACGACCGACGUCAGCCCACUGUAUUUUACCAAAUCAAAAGCCCGUAUAUUAAUCCUCGUUUAAUUCCCUAUGAUCUAUAUUUCAACAAGUUUCCAAUUUAAAAUCAACCGAUUCCAGGCGAUCUACGACAACUUAGACCUCACGGAUCGUCAUACCUGUGAAUCCGUUGCUGAAGUCGUGUCGAUGAGUGCUCAUGUACUUCAAAAAGAAUUGGGAAUAAGUCCACCACCUUGUGAUGAAGUCUUCAAAACCCUCCACAAACACUAA